AGCCCGCGGCGGGGCGGGCAGCGGCCAGCGGGGGGGACCCGGCGCCUGCGUGUCCCUGCCGUGCCGUGCCGUGCCGUGCCGUGCCGGGGCUAUGCUGAGGCCGGAGGUGGCUGGGUCCUACCAGGAGAAAUUCCAGCAAUUGCAAGUUGAGAGCAUAUUUGGAAAUUGAACCACUGUUUUAACUACACAGCUGAGUGAAGAUGUGGAGCGAGUAUCUGAAAACCCAGCAGAGGAGAGAGGAGGAGAGAUGGGAGUUCAUGAAGAUGCCAGCUCUGUUAUUUUACCAGAUAGUGAACUGGGUACCAGUGCCCCUUCUUUGCGUUUCAGCAAGACCUGCCUAAAGAAUGUUUUUUCAGUAAUUCUCCUGUUUAUUUAUCUGCUACUCAUGGCUGUAGCUGUAUUCCUUGUCUACCAAACCAUCAGUGACUUCAGGGAGAAGCUCAAGCACCCCGUGAUGUCGGUCUCUUACAAAGAAGUGUCCUUGUACGAUGCACCUGGUAUUGCCUUUUACCCAGGCAAGGCUCGGCUGCUUAGCUGCAAGCAUCAUUACUAUGAUCACAUUCCGCCUCUGAUAAAUCCAGGUCAGCAAGGAAAAAUUGAGUGCACCACUCGGAGAAUCAACUACACAGAUCCUUUUACUAAUCAAACAAUGAAGUAUGCUUUGGUUGUUCAAGGCCCUCGUGAUGUGAAGAAAAAGGAACUGGUAUUUUUGCAGUUUCAUUUAAAUGAAACAGACCAAGAUUUUAGUGCCAUUGACUACCUUCUGUUUUCUUCUUUCCAAGAGUUCAUCAACAGGAGUGGAAUUAAUCCUGUAUUGAACUUUCUUGAAAGCCCCACUCUUAUUCCUUGCUGUCCAGAAAAAGCAGAAUUCAUGAAGGACUGUGAAAGUUCAUACUCCAGCUGGAAGUUUUCCGGAGGCUUUCGAACUUGGGUCAAGAUGUCCUUGGUGAAAACAAAGGAAGAAGAUGGUAGUGAGACUGUUGAAUUCAAACAAGAGACUAGUGUGGUUAACUAUAUUGACCAGAGGACUAAACCAAGAAGUGACCAGCUGUUUUUUGUCGUCUUUGAAUGGAAAGAUCCUUUUAUACAGACUGUGCAAGAUAUAAUCACAGCAAAUCCUUGGAACAUGAUUGCUCUUCUCUGUGGCAUCUUUUUGGCUCUGUUUAAGGCAGCAGACUUUGCUAAGUUAAGUGUUAAGUGGAUGAUCAAAAUCCGAAAGAGACAUCUGAAGAGGAGAAGUCAAGCAAUGAACCACAUAAGCUGAGACUGACUGCCUCUUAACUAUUCACAGCAGAAGGGACAGAAAAUAACUGGAAUGAACUUCAUUCAGCGAGACAGCAGUUAAAGAUAUAAACCAGGUAUGUUUUCUUCAGGAAAAACACAGCUGCUGGAGUAACAGCCUAGUGAACUGACGUUUGAACUUCAGAAAAGAGCUAACUCUAGGCAGGGCUAACAAACUCAUGCUUUUCUAUUCCAUAUUUAACAGGCUUACCUCAAUGUAUGAGGGGAGUGGGGAGAGAGGAGAAAAUUCACUAAUAUGCUGUAGCAGUUAAAUUCUUUAUAUAAAAAAAAAAAAAGACACUUUUGAAUGCUUCUCAGAACAGGAAGCUAUUUAACGUCUGCAUGAGCUGUGAUCUGCAUCUGCUACCAGAAUGCAGUUACUACUUUGACUGUUUAGUGGAAGGGAAAGCCCAUGCAAAAAAACGGUCUGGCCUCCCCUCUCCAAAGAGUGUGUUGAAACAAAAUACACUGGAAUUCUAUUACAUGUCAUUUUUGAUUUAAAGUGUAUUGACUUUAAUAUUAAAACAAACAAACACGUUCGAA